AUGAAGUUCUCCAUCGGAGUCUCCCUUCUGGCUGCGCUUGCCAACGCCGUGUCUGUUGACAUGGCCAAGCGUGACACUUCUCCCCUUGACGUCAAGCUGGAGGCCGUUGGCAACUCUGGCGUUAAGGCCGUCCUCACCAACACUGGUGACUCUGACCUCAAGCUUUUCAAGACCGGUACCAUUCUUGACGCAGCUCCCGUCGAGAAGGUUGAGGUUUUCGCCGCGGGCAACAAGGUUGAUUUCGAUGGUGUCCGCCUCCUGAUGGCCACUUCUGGCUUGACCGAGGAAGCCUUCCAGAUCAUUGGCGCUGGUCAGUCUGUCGAGGUCGAGUUCGAUGCUGCUGAGCUCCACGACCUCAGCACCGCUGGCGAGAUCGAUAUUGUCACCCAGGGUGCCUUCUCUUAUGCCGAGGCUGACUCUACCGAGCUGGCUGGCACCAUCCCCUUCUCCAGCAACAGUGUCCACACCACUGUCAACGGAGAGGAGGCUGCUGCCGUUCGUGCCCGCUUCCUUGCUAAGCGCACGGUCGUUCAGUCCGACUGCACCGGCACUCGCCGCACCGCUACUGUCAACGCUAUCAGCCGUUGCCGCUCUCUGGCUGUUGCUGCUUCCCAGGCUGCCGCCUCCGGCCCUGCCGCUAGAAUGACUGAAUACUUCAAGUCCUCUUCGACCUCCACCCGUAACACCGUGGCCACUGUCUUCUCCAGAAUCGCCAGCGAGUGCGGAAGCACUACCUCUGGUGUUUCCCGUCAAUUCUGCACUGAUGUCUACCCUGCCUGCUCUUCUGGCGUCAUUGCAUACACUCUUCCCAGCCAGAGCUACAUGGUCAACUGCCCUCUCUUCUUCACCAUGACUGCUGCUUCUGGCACUUGCCAUGCUCAGGACCAACAGACGACUAUUCUUCACGAGAUGACACACUUGACCCAGAUUGCGGGUACUUCUGACUAUAUGAAGCUAACUGAACUAGACGGCGGCUAUGGAUACAACUUCGUUCGCUCUCUCACCGCUGCCCAGAAUAUCAGACAUGCUGACACUUUCACCGUAUUCAACCCUUUUCUGCCUAUCUACGCCGGCUGCUAA